AUGGGUAACGAAGCAGCUGAUUUGGAUGGAGUUGAUGGACGACUGUUGGCAUUAGCCGGAUCACCGUCUCAAUAUAUCAAAUUGAAUGUCGGCGGUGCACUGUACCAAACAACAAUAUCCACUUUAACCAAACAUGAUUCCAUGCUUCGCGCCAUGUUUUCCGGCCGGAUAGAGGUUCUAACUGAUAAUGAUGGUUGGGUACUAAUCGACCGCAAUGGAAAGCAUUUUGGUACGAUUUUAAAUUUUUUGAGAGACGGUUACGUUCCAUUACCAGAAUGUCGCGUUGAAACAACUGAAAUAUUGGCUGAAGCGAAAUAUUAUCUUAUUCAGGAUUUAGUACAGUUGUGUCAAAACUGGUUAAAAGUGAUAACAAAGGAAGAUGUCGAACCUGCCGGUAUCUGCAAAGUUCCACUUGUUAAUACCAAAAGGGAUUGUGACCGUAUUGUGACUAGCACUACAAAACCCGUUAUAAAGCUUCUAAUUAAUCGGCAUAACAACAAAUAUUCGUAUACUUCUCAGUCGGAUGAUAAUUUAAUGAAGAAUUUGGAAUUGUUUGAUCGACUUGUUACGCGAUUUAAUGACCGCGUCCUUUUUGUAAAAGAUAUGGGUGCGGAAAAUGCAGAAGUUUGCCAGUGGACAUUCUUUGGACAAGGCAGAAAAAAGGCGGAAAUUUGUUGUACAUCGAUAGUAUAUGCGACUGAUAAAAAACAGACGAAAGUCGAAUUCCCAGAAGCUAGAAUUUAUGAAGAAGCAAUGAACGUUUUACUCUUUGAAGAACGACACGUUUGUAUUCGAUGCGGUGGUGAAGGUGGAAGUUGCUCACCACCACGUGGCCUUUCGACGUCGCAGUUGCAGCUUCCACCAUUUAUCUAUUCAUCUCAUAGCGCUUCUGUUUCGCCACAGUGUACUUCACCCGCUUUGUUUGGUGGUGAUGUGCCAGGAACUAGCGGACAGGAUGAACGACGUCGUGCUUCAAGACUGGUUGAUGGACGUUCAAAUAGCCUUGUUGUAACAGCUGUUAGUGAUGAUGCAACUUAA